AUGAAUGCGACCAACGGCGUCUUGAGCGUGCAUGAAGAUAUGCAGGUCAGAUCUGCCGGCCGAAAGCUCACGCCAUAUUGUGUCAAGGGCAGUUGGGCAGGCCAAAGUUUUACGCCGGGCAACGCCCCGUUUAUGAGCCGGGCUAUUAGCGGCUCCAGGCCCCUUCUCCAGGCCCUCCAGCCUAUCACGGCCCCGCCAUUAGCCACUGGCCGCCGUCUGCUGCCCUGGUCGCCAGAGCCCGAGUUUUGCCGACCUCGACGUCAGAAUCUCGGUCUCAGAAACAUCGGACCAUCAGCGCACCAACUCUUCAGAUCCAUCUCCGGACGACCGGCCCUUGCACUCACGCUCUGCCUUGCGUCUUCGAUCUUCGCGCCGCGGCCUCUCCUGAACGUCGCUCGUCCUGUUCGACUCUCCCGACGCUGUGCGACACCCGCCAUCUGUUCUUUCGUCUCAUCUCUGUCUCCCUUGGCAGCCUCUGACGGUGACGCCUCUCAUUUCCUCGGCUUCUCGCUCUCAACGCGAGACGGCCUAUCCGCCAUAGACACGACUCUUUGCGCCAUCUCUGCAUCAUCGCUGGGCCUCACCGCGUCGCAGCCCAACCGCGACGACUUUUUCCCGGGAUCGUCCACAAGCGGCAUACUGUACCAUACCGUCUCAACCCUACCUACGGCACACAAAGACGCAGGCGCGCACGCACAAGCACGCGCGAAAUCAGAAUAA